AUGCAGCUGUGUUGUGAAUCCAUAAACGGCUCUUGCACAAAAAGCACUUGGUCAAAUAGUAUCCGCAUUUCCAUGUAUAUUGUCUUGGCUUUCAUCAUUCUGGCUACAGUGAUUGGAAAUCUGACAGUUGUCAUCUCAAUAUCACAUUUCAAGCAGCUCCAUACGCCUACCAAUUUCCUGAUACUUUCCAUGGCUACAGUUGACUUUUUACUGGGAUUCUUCAUCAUGCCUUACAGCAUGGUGCGUUCUGUUGAACACUGCUGGUAUUUUGGGAAGUUCUUUUGCAAGAUUCACACGAGCGUGGACAUUAUGCUGAGCACAGCUUCCAUCUUCCAUCUCUCCUUCAUAUCUGUUGAUCGUUACUAUGCUGUUUGUGAUCCUCUAAGAUACAAAUCAAAGAUAAAUACUUAUGUCAUCCUGGUCAUGAUAUUCAUAAGUUGGACUGUUCCUGCAGCAUUUGCUUUUGGGAUGAUCUUUCUAGAGCUGAAUCUGAGAGGAACAGAAGAGAUUUAUAAUCACAUCCAUUGUGCAGGGGGAUGCUUUGUUUUUUUUAGUGAAACUUCAGGUAUUGUGGCCUCCAUGGUGUCUUUUUACAUCCCUGGAUUCAUUAUGCUGUACAUAUAUAGGAAAAUAUACUCUGUAGCCAAGAGGCAAGCAAGAUCCAUUGAUGCCAUCAGCCAAAAAACGAUCCAGUUUGAAAUGGAGCACCACAUUUCAGGCUGCAGAGAAAGGAAAGCUGCAAAGACCCUAGGCAUAGUUAUGGGAGUAUUUCUCAUAUGCUGGUGUCCAUUCUUCUUCUUUACAGUAACCAAUCCAUUUAUGAAUUAUGUUACACCUCCCGUUCUCAUUGACGCUUUGGUUUGGUUUGGUUAUUUAAAUUCUACAUUUAAUCCAAUUGUUUAUGCAUUUUUUUAUAUUUAUUUUCGCAGAGCAUUAAGGAUGGUUCUGUUCGGAAAAGUUUUUAAACAAGACUCUUCCAGGACUCAAUUAUUUCUAGACUAA